AUGCAUUUUGUGGAGUGUGAAUGUAAGGCGAUCCAUGUUCGAGGGAGAGGAGAUUUUGUCCUAAAGGAGAAAUUUCGUAUCAUUAAGGAUAAGCUUAGAUGGUGGAAUAUCACGGUGUUUGGUAAGUUCGAUUUGGAAGUUGAGGAAGGGGUUCGUGAGUUGAAUGAGGCGGAUGAUUGUGAUGUAUUGGAUAAUGAGAUUCAAGCCAUUAAAAAAGAUGCUAGUAGUAGAUUUUGGUUGAAUCUUCGAAUCAAAGAGAAUAUGCUUAUUCAAAAAUCAAGACUAAAGUGGCUUAAUGAUGGAGAUUCUAAUAGUAAAUAUUUUCAUAGAGUUAUGAAAGAGAGGAGGAGGAGGAAUUAUAUUUGCUCUAUUUCCACUCCUAGUGGCACUAUUGAUGGAGUGGAAGAGGUUAAGGAAGAAGUGAGGCGUCACUUUGAUAGCAAGUUUAAGGAAGAUAAUUUUAGUAGACCGGUUUUUGAUAAUGGGAUGUUCAACGCUUUGUCUUUGGAGGAUAGCGCUUCUCUUGAGUUACCCUUCUCGGAGGGGGAAAUUAAAGAGGCGGUGUGGAGUUGUGAUGGUUCUAAAAGCCUGAGACCGGAUGGUUUUUCUCUUCUUUUUUGUGAAGAAAUAUUGGCAUUUUUUAAUGGAUGA